AUGAAUUUAAAAAAAUGGGGGUCGAAGACGAUCAUUGAUAAUAGGUUGGAGAAGAUGGGAGGAUUAUCAUGUUUCUGUUUUCCUGGUCGUCGGAAAGUUAGCCCCGACAACAAUGUUGUAUCCGAGGAACAACCGAGCUUGAAGCAACCCGAUCCUACAGUUCCAAAGAUCGAUAACGAAGAUUCACAAACAAAACCAAAGGAGCAGGAAUCAAGAACACAACAAGACCUUGAUGUUCCUGCAAAUACUAAACAAAGGAAAUUCAGUUACCAAGAGCUUGUAAAAGCCACUGAUAAUUUCAAAAGUGACCGUUAUAUUGGGGAAGGCGGGUUUGGGGAAGUAUAUAAAGGAAAGCUAGAAAACCCGAAACAAGUUGUGGCUGUUAAAAAGCUAAACCGAGAUGGUCUGCAAGGGCAUAAGGAAUUUUUAGUUGAAAUCACAAUGCUUUCGCUUGUGUGUCAUCCAAAUAUCGUUAAUUUGAUCGGAUAUUGCUCUGAGAACGAAGAACUGCUACUUGUUUAUGAGUUCAUGCCUUUAGGAUCCUUGGAAGAACACCUACAUGAUCCUAAGCCAUAUAUGAAGCCGCUUGAUUGGAAUACACGGAUAAAAAUAGCAUUAGGAACCGCUAGGGGGCUCAACCACCUGCACCAUCAUCGCGAACCUCCUAUUAUCUAUAGAGACAUGAAAUCAGCCAACAUCUUAUUGGAUGAUGGGUACCACCCGAAGAUUUCUGAUUUGGGUUUGGCUAAGUUCGGGCCACUAGGCAAUAAAUCUUAUGUGUCAACUCGGGUAAUGGGUACAAUGGGGUAUUGUGCACCUGAGUAUGGGUACACGGGUCACUUGACCAUAAAAUCCGAUACAUACAGUUUUGGGGUGGUUCUUUUAGAACUUGUGACAGGACGACAGGCGUUCGAUAAAACUACGGAAGGAGGGCAAUAUCUUAUCGAAUGGGCGGAACCAAUGUUGAUAGACAAGAGGAGAUACGUGAAGCUAGCGGACCCAAAAAUGAAAGGGGAGUUCAUGCAUAGACCGCUGAAAAAGAUUGUACAAGUGGCGUUGAUGUGUAUGAAUGAUGAUUUUGAGAAGCGUCCAGACAUGAGUGAAGUUGUUGAUAGAUUGGAUCGAGUUGCAUCUUUAUCUGAUCCGCAUGCGGGUUCCAAUCAGAAUCAAGAUUCAGAUUCAGAUUCAGAUAAUAAUUCAGAUUUUAUGUUUAAAGAUGAUAAGGAAGAAAGAGCAAAGGCCAUAGCAGAGGCCAAAAUGUGGGGAGAGAAAUAUAGACAUGAAAAAACAAGCAGAACACCUAUAUAA